CAAGAAGAAGACUAAAAAAAUGUGCCAGAGUUGUUGGUAAACAAUAAUAAUAUAUUAAUAAAAUUAAUUAAAAAGUUGUGCAAAAAUGUCUUCAAAAAUAGUUAUAAAUAAACGGCUUAAAGGUUUACCUCGCGAUGAAUUGGAAAAAUUGUCAAAAAAUGAGUUAAUUGAUAAAAUUGUGCAGUUAGAGGCGUAUAACUUUCAGCUUAAAAACAUUUUACACAAAAAGCUUAAUGAUGGUAGUGAUUGCAACCAAAACGAGGAGCUCAUAAAGGAGUUAAAUGAACUAAAAACAACUCAAUCCCAUCUGGAAAGUAAGCUAACAGGUGGUAACAAAAAUGAAUUGGAUGUAGAAAGAUCUGAAGACAAAAAAUCAAAGAUACGGAAAUUUGAUUUCAGCAAAUCAGCUAAACGUCAUGUUCUGAUGAAAAUUUUGUAUUUCGGUUGGGACUACCAAGGCUUUGCUUGCCAGGAGGACUCUAAUGCUACCAUAGAAUAUCAUCUUUUUAAAGCUUUAACGCGCUGCUGCCUCAUCGAAUCACGUGCCACUUCCAAUUAUCACCGUUGUGGCCGUACCGACAAAGAAGUUAGUGCUUUUUGUCAAGUAAUUUCUAUCGAUUUACGCAGCAAAUUUUUCGAAGACAAACUAUUCGAUGAGGAUUGUUUAAACCAGGAAAUUGAUUAUUGUGGUUUAUUAAAUCGAAUAUUACCCAAAAAUAUACAAUGCAUAUCCUGGAUGCCUUUAAGAACGCCCGUGUAUAGUGCUAGAUUUGAUUGUGUGGCUAGAACGUAUAGAUAUUUCUUUCCCAAGGGUGAUUUGAAUAUAGAGGCCAUGCAAAAAGCUUGUUCAUUACUACAACGACAUGCUGAUUUUCGGAAUUUCUGCAAAAUGGAUGUUCACAAUGGUGUUACCAACUAUAUGCGCAACUUACAAUCAGCAAGUGUACAUUUAUGUCCAAAUGAAUCCGAAAAUGAGCGUCAAGGUUAUAAUAUGUAUUAUUUACAAAUUAAAGCUAACGCCUUUUUGUGGCAUCAAAUACGUUGCAUAAUGGCGGUAUUGAUAUUAAUUGGACAAGAAAAAGAAGAUCCUGAAGUUAUAAGCGAACUCUUAGAUGUGGAAAAGAAUCCUUGUAAACCACAAUACACACCAGCCAUUGGAUUGCCUUUAAAUCUAUUUAACUGCGAAUUUCGUCAGAAAACAUGCCGUAAAACGAAUGAUGUAUUGUUAGCUGAUGAAGAAGAACUGGUAGAUUCCAGCACUGAUGUUGCGGAUUCUAACGAACAACCCGAUAUUUGUAAUUGGAUCUAUAAUGAGGAAAACCUACAAAAACUUGUAGAGAAUAUACAAAGCGAAUGGUCUCAGUUUAGCAUUAAGGCUACCAUGAUACGCAAUGUUUUAUUUGAACUGGAAAAUACUUUGCAGCAACAAUUCCAGCCUCAAGAAAUUAAAAGUCAAGUUUUAGUGCUGCAGGACUGUGUUAAACCCCGGCAAUAUCAAAAGUUAUUAAAUCGUAAAAGAUGCGAAAGUUUAGAAAAUCGCAUAGAUCAUUUUGUUAAAAAACAACGUUUAAUUGUUCAAACUGAAAAACCAGCCAAAAAUUAAAAUGCAUUUAUAUGUAAUAAAAACCAGGUAAA